UCGCCCCGUCGCCGUCGCCGGACGGCAGUGUCCGCCUGUGCGUCACGGUGGGUGGACGGAGCGUCGUUGGUCCGUGCUGGAGCCGUGCCGGCGGCGACGCGUCAGCCGAGAGCGCGCAAAGUCGGCCGAGGGAGCGCCUGUCCCGACGAGAGCGAGAAUAACUCGAGGGAAUUGUUCUCCCCGAGCGAGAAAGAGAGGGAUAAGUGCGUGAGAGAAGCGGAGUGCGCGAAAGUGCGCGGUGUCAAUUGUCAACGCUCGUUCGUCGUUCGUAACGACGUUCUCCCGGGGAAGAUGGCCCCGUCGUACAUCGAGGUGGUCCUCGUCGGCUUCAUCCUCGUGCUGCCGUUCCUCUACGAGACCAGCCGCACGUUCCGCUACUACUUCAAGUUCUUCAUUUACUACGGCGGCGUGAUGAUGAACGCGGUGCUGCUCAUACCCGUCUUCGCGCUGCGGCCCGGCAACGUCAAGAAUUUCCUGCUGGCAUCGUCACUCUGCCAUCACAUCAGUACUUUGCUAGGGCUACGUUGGGAGCUACGGGGUAGAGAGCACCUAGAGAAGGACAGGGCUUGCGUGAUCGUAGCGAAUCACCAGAGUUCGAUGGAUGUAUUGGGGAUGUUUGAGCUGUGGCCGGUGAUGGACAAGUGCACCGUGAUCGCCAAAAAAGAGAUCUUUUAUGCGUGGCCGAUGGGUCUCGCUGCCUGGCUGUGUGGCCUGAUCUUCAUCGAUAGGAUGAAUUCUGGGAAAGCGCGAUCCGUAAUGAACACCGCUACGGAGGAGAUAAAAGACAAGAAGAUUAAGCUGUGGAUAUUCCCCGAGGGCACCAGGCACAAUACCGGUGAGAUACAUCCGUUCAAGAAGGGUGCCUUCCAUGUCGCUAUCACGUCACAAUUACCUAUACUACCGGUCGUGUUUUCUUCCUAUUAUUUCCUGUCCGCAGAAGAGAAGAGGUUUGAUACCGGACGCGUUCUUGUGACAACGUUACCGCCAAUUUCUACCGAGGGACUCAGCACGAACGACGUGGAGACGCUGAUGGAGAAGACGCGGACGGCGAUGAGCGAGGUAUUUCACGCGACGUCUCGCGAGAUUCAGUUGUCCCUCAACGGCAGUAAGCCGUACGCCGAAUGAUCGCUGUAUGAUAAAGUACGUAGCGAGCGACCUCGUCUUUCAUAAGACAUGCGAAUAAGUUAAUGCUCUCUUGGUAUUAUGUAAGAGUAUUAACGAAUCGAAGCCUCCGCGCGGGAACCAAAGACUAAGCGUCCGUUUAAUAUUCUCUUAUACUAUGACUAUUACCUUCAUUUGUAUUUUAACAUCUCUCCAUCCUCAAUUAGAGAUGAAUAGCAAUUUUUGUUGUACGGCGCGCGUUCUCUCUCUUGUUUCCUUUCUUAUUCCUUAGCCUUAUUAAUUUAUUUUUCGCCGUUGUGUAGAAUGCGCGAGGCGAUUUGAGACUAUUCUUUCGCUCGUGAUUCGUAGACGGAUAAUCUUUAUUGCGAAUACACGUACACGUCAUUCCCGAUGAUAUGAAUUUUAUGAAUUUGAUUAGAGUAAGCAGGAAAUCACCUUACACUGAUAUGGAUGAAGUGCGUUUUAAAACUAAAAACAAAUAUACAUAUAUAUAUAUAUGGUAAAAAUAUCAGACGAAAAGCCUGUCUGACGCGUUACUGAAGAAAUAUAAACAUCGCUUUUAAUUAAUUAGGUGUCGUAUAGUUUAAGAAACUGCAUAUUGUAUAAAAUAUACAGCAUUUUACCAUAGAUGUGAGAGAAAAAGGAUAAUCUUCGACAUGUACAUUAUGUGGUUUUUUCGCAACGUUACAUAUUGUACAUACGAUUCGUUAGAAUGCAUUUUAUAUAUAUUGUGGGAACAUAUUGUUAGUGUUUAUAUACUUAACGGGUUGUACUAAAUUAUGUUAGACAUAUUUUGCUAAAUGUAAGGUACGCUUGUACAUUCCCACCCGUCUGUUUUAUGCUUCCACUUAUUUCCACUCGUUCAUACGGUUUUAUCCGUAUAGACUAAGAUGUGUAUAAUUGUAACUUGGGGAAUUACGGAAGUGCACCUUAAUUUGAGCUAUCUGGAAAGGAGUGAACGUAAGUUAGAGUGUCUCGUGUUUCAAUAUUAUGCGAUUCUCUAAGUAUAUGUUUCCAUGUAUAAAAUGUAAUUCGGGCCCCCCCCCCUCGCCUUGAUUGAAUGUAUCAUAUUGUUUUUAAAUUAUGCUCGACUAAAUUGUAAUUAAUUACUUUCCUGUUAUAACUAUAUAACAGGACAAUGAUGCGUCUUGAUGCAUUAUAAAUAUACCUGAGGAUAAUGUAUCGAGUCUGACACACGUUACAGUCACAUUGUGCUGCAGUGUAUAUACAUAUAUAUUAUACAUUCCUAUUUAAUUCGAGGAAUAUUGUCAAAGAAAGAACGAUAUCGCGCGAAUGGCGAUAUCACGCGUGACGGCGCGAAUGGAGUUUCUCUGGAUAGAAAAAUUUAAUUCCUACUACGAUUGUUUAUACAUGAUUGGCACGAUGUGCGACGACACCCUAUGUAAAGUCAAUGUUACGUUAUUCUGCAAACAAUAACUGUGUUCAGUUUAGCGUAAUUUACACGAUGCUUUUUUCACGCCAGCGGCUCUAUCGCGAACUUGAGAUAUUUUAAUUUAGCUAAUGCGUCGUCAGCUGGAUGGAAAAGAUAGCAGCGUCAGAGUUGCCAGUAAGAAAGUAUUGUGCAAAGUAUGCUUUUACUUUUCUUCCGAAGUUAUUGUUAAGAUUCGUAAGAUGUACGUUUGCUGGUUUAGUCUCCGAUAUAUUGUGUACAAAAAGUGGAGGAGCGGGUUCGACGCGGAGUUUUAAGUGUUUUACUCGCAACCGUCUAAAAGUCUAAUCUAACAUGAGUACAUCGCGGAUGGAAGCGUUUAACGUGAUCACUAUGUUAUCGCCGUGACGUUUCUGUAUAGAGUGUCAAUUUUCUCAUGUGCUGUAACAAUCGCACGAUACAGCCGUAACGCAAUCCGAAAAUGUUGAACAGUAUAUCACACGGUAAAAUCAUGUUCGUUUAGUCGGUGAGAUAGAAGUAAGUAGCUCAUUGCAUUGUCGUUUGAGAUAACUUCCUUUGUCGAAAUCGAACCGUUCGGAUAGAAAUACUCUGCGCAAAUGUAUUAUACGAAUACUUCGAGAUGUAUCCGUUACAUGCGAUCGGUCCAAUGUUGUACGACACUAUUAAUUUAAGUACCUAAGCUACGUGACUUCGAGACAUUGCUCGCACGAGCGGUUUAUUCGAAAAAAAUUGACAUGAAAAUAGACAAGAGUGAACCGUUCACCCACCUAUAUAAUAAAAUAUGCGUAGUUUUUAAGUGCCAUUUUUUUAAUUCCGUAAGAUACACUUCUUUCGUUGCGGCUGCUAUAUAUAUGACGUUAUUAUGUUAUUGUAUUAUUAAUAUGCGACAUGCUUUACCGUGAUGAUUGUGCAGAAUCGUGUGAAUAUUUUGUAUCAUGACCAAAGAUCGGCUUUGACACACAUAGCCAUAACGAGACACCUAAUCUUGUUUAUACAUUAUAUAUAUUUCUUAAUCGAAAAAAUUUGAUAAUGAAUUUCGAUAAUAAUGUAUACGCGAAAUUUAGAGAAACGGUUAUUUAUUGAGAGUUAAUAAGUUAUUUGAGUAUUAUUUGAAACUUGUAAAACUCGUGUCUCUGUCACAUUGUCGUGCAGUCAUGGAACUCUUUUGAAUGAACCUAUCGCAUUAAUAUUAUCUUCCUGAUCAAUGAGAAACGCACAAUUUUCAAUCGGAUCCAUUUACGCGUCGAUGCUGCUCGAUGCUCGAUCGUUUAACAUAGGAUUCCUAGCGUAAUGGAAUAUUUCGUGCGUGAAUAAAUGGAAAUUUAGAAUAAAGUUUUGCUGCUCGAAAAUCUAAAAAAAACUUGUUUUCCUGAAUUUACAAACGUUAUCUAUGUCUAGCCUUCUGGAGAGUAGAUAAGUUUCAUUAUCGAUUUAUCAGCAUAAUAUAAUAAUUGCUUAAUUAAGCAAACGAUCGGUGGUUACGCAUGUAUUACGCAAAAUGUAUACGUAAUUUAUAUCAAACAUCACAGAAAGGUAUCUUUAAACGAUAUUUCUUUUAAUGAGGAUGUCGUUCACCCACAGAUUUAUCAUCUCAGUGCCAAAUACAAAAAAAAAGCUGUCACGCAAUAGUUUGUAGUAAGCGCAUCAUUCUAUUCUUAUUUCACGAGAAAUAAAAUUGUAAAUUCGAAUCUUGUGUGCGAACGCAAGUGUAUUAACUGUAUCGAUUGAUCAGUUUUUGGGAAAAAGUUAUGUAUUAAAUCGAAGCGUAAUUUAUUUAAAAGAUUUUUAUAUUUUAGCGCGAUAUAAUUAACCAUCCCAUAUCCGAUCUAAAAUGACCAGCGAAUGUUAAAUCGAAAUUAUAAAUAAUCGAAAAUAUAUAUAUAUAUAAUUCUA